CCGGAGGUGGAAGAUGGCGGAGCCGGGGCCGGAUUGCAGCUCUCUGCUCGACGAGGAGCUUUCCUCCUUCGUCUUCAGCUACCUCGCUGACAGCCAGUACGAGGUGUCUGGCGAGGAGCACCUCUACUCUGACUUCCCUGAGAUCGAUUUGUCUCAGCUGGAUGCCAGCGACUUCGACUCAGCCAGCUGCUUCAGUGAGCUGCAGUGGUGCGGGGAGCACUCAGAGACCGACUCCAGCCAGUACAGCACAGAUGACUCCGAGCUCUUCCAGAUAAUAGACAGCGAGAAUGAAGCGCUGCUGGCAGCUCUCACCGAGACAUUGGAUGAUAUACAGGGAGAUGACAUGGGCCUGGCUGCCUUCCGCACUAUGGAAGAAGGGGACACGCUCAACCAUGCCUACACCUCGCCUGCCCCCUCCCCCAAACCCACCGCCCCGGUCACGGGGGGGCCGUCCCCGGCCCCCGAGUUUGAUGAGCUGUCUCUACUGAAGAAGUUGCUCCUCUCUCCAUCACACGUGCCCCCAAGCUGUGAGGCUCAGCGGGAUGGGAGCACCCGGCGCCCGGGGACCCCUAAGUCCCGACCCACACGGCCCUGCACAAAGGUGGAGGGUCCCCGGGACAGGAGGGUGAGCAUCCCGCAGGCGCAGAGCCGCAGCUGCUCCGAGCUGCACCGACACCUCACCUCCACCGCCUCCUGCCCCCAGGCCCCCCGGGCGCCCGAGGAGUGCCCCAGCGGCAGCCACCACCCGUCCCCUGGUGACUGCACCCAUCACGAGGAUGACAGCGACUCCAGUGAGGACUCUUUGAGCUCCAGCGACUCGGUGACCCCCCCAUCCUCAGCAGAGGAUGGCUCCGGCAGCCAGUUCUUCUGCGAGGCGGAGAUGCACUCGGUGGUGGAGCUCAUCCGCUACAUGCACACCUACUGCCUGCCGCCACGGAAGCUGCCCACCCGCGACGCUGCCGAUGCCAAGCCCCAGCCCUGCAGCAGCCCCUACAAGAGAGCCAAACCGGACUGCCCUGCACAGCCAGGUACCCCUGGGGGCGCGCAGAGCCAGCUGGGCUGCACCUGGCAGAUGGACGGGGGCUGCAAGAAGCCUGGAGCAUCCUUCUCCAUCCUGAAGGAACUGCUGGCACGGGACCUGCUGUGCGACGUGAGCAAGCCAUACCGCCUGGGCAAGCCUGUGUACGCUGCCCUGGCGCGGCCACCCGGCUCCCGCUCCCCUGUGCCACUGACCCGGGAUGGGGAGGAUGCUGUUGGGACCUGCACAUCUAGAGCCAAAACAGCACCAGAGAAGGGUGAGCCGCGGCACAGCCCCGGCGCUGAGGCAGAGGCACCGCAGGAGCUGGGUGGCCUCGAGGACGAUGCUGGGAAGCAUGUGGGCACCGCGGGUGCAGCCGUGGGGAAGGCGGCCCGCAAGCAGGAGAGCACUGUUUCUGCUGUCCGUCGGUCCAAGAGACUCAACCCUGAGCUCGGCCACUGGCUCUCCUUCCUCGACGAGCCGCCCCCCGAGCUCUCCAUCCCUCGGGAGGCAGGGGAUGGCCGCAGCUCCCGGGAUACCCUGCCCUGCAGACAGCCCACACCGUGCCCAGCGCUGGAGGGCUUCUCCACUGAAGAGCCUGCAGCUGAAGUGGAGGUGGGGGGCACGGCAGCACCGGCAGAGCCCCAGCCCCUCUCCCUGGGCUCCCCAGGGGACGGCGAGGUGGGCGACGGGGCUGAGAUCCGGCGCUGUGUCCUCCUGGAGCAAGCAGAAACACCCAGGGGUCUCACGCUGUCCUUGGCACAAACUGACCCAACCUUUGGGAAGAGAAACUUUGAGCCGAUGCUGACUGUGGAGCUGUGUGGGACAGCAGGUCUCACCCCACCCACCACUCCACCGUACAAGCCCGCCGAGGAGGACCUGUACAAGCCAGACAUCACGCAGGAGCCGGGGAAGGAGGACGGGAUGGCCCCCAGCGCCGGGGGUGCAGGGGAUGCAGCAGCCUCCCGGAAAGCCCUCAGGAAGCACCCUGAGAGGACAGAGCUGUUCGCCCACCUGAGCCGAGCCGCCGGGCGCCCUGUGCUCCCCGAGCAGCAAGGCCUGCUCAAGCGGCCCUUCUCCCGCUCCUUCGGGGACCACGACUACUGCCAGGUCAUGAAGCCUGAGGCCGCCCUGCAGAGGAAGGUGCUCAAGUCCUGGGAGCCCCCGGGCCAAGUGGAGACAGAGCACAAGAGGAGGGUCCCGGCCGCACACUACCAGGGGCUGGACCUCAGCAACAAGGAGGCGGGCAGCGAGAUGCUGUGGAAGGAUGGCGUCAAGCAGCUGAGAGACCAGGAGAUCAGAGCCAGCUUAACAAAACACUUUGGCUUUCUGGACAGUGCUCUUGAUGACGAGGACAUGGUCUUCUGCAAGACCCCCGAGUACGACACCGUCUUCGAAGACAGUUGCAGUGAGAGCGGCUCCCCUGUGGAGGAGGAGGAGGAAGAGGAGGAAGAGGAGGAGGAGGAGCAGGGCAACACCAAGCUGUGCCUGCGGAGAAACCCUCUUUCCAGGACCAGUUUGCAUUACUGUUCCCGGAGCAGGUCCAGCUCGGGCUCUUCCUGCUGCCGGUCCCGAUCGCCCGCAAGCAGACGCACCUUCAGGUGUGAGAACAGCGAGCAGUGUCAGGGCGGGAGCAGGCACCGGGGCCAGAUGGAGAAGAGACGGGAAAAGGCCAUCGGGGAAGGCCGGGUGGUGUACGUCAGAAACCUCGCCAGCAGCAUGAACUCCAGCGAACUGAAGAAACGCUUCGAAGUGUUUGGUGAGAUCGUGGAGUGUCAGGUCCUGUCCAGGACUAACAGGGGGGAUAAAUAUGGCUUCAUCACCUACCGGUAUUCAGAGCAUGCCGCCUUAUCUCUGAAGAAUGGCACCUCACUACGGAAGAGGAACGAGCCUUCGUUCCAGCUCAGCUCUGGUGGCCUCGGGCACUUCUUCUGGACCAGAUAUGCUGACUUGGAUUGCAGCGCGGAGGAGUCCUCCCCAGCUCCAGUGAAAAGCAAGUACGAGACCAUGGAUUUCGACAGCUUGCUGCAGGAGGCCCAGCUGAGCCUGCAUCGGUAACAGCCUUAACCUUGGAGGAAUACCUCAAUACCUCAGUCAAGGCACUUCCAAUAUGUUUACGUUUUCAAAGAAAUUAUUCAGUCUACGGAAAGCGAGAGAGCGAGCGCGAGAGAGGAGAGCACGCGAGAGAGAGACUGCUGUCCCUUCCGAUCGAUGUUUACAUUGAACAAAGCUGCUUCUGUCUGUGAGUCCCCAUGGUGUUGAUGUCUCACUGCCACACGUUAGUCCCUCCGCUGCUGACUGGUUGUUUUAGGGUGAGCCUAGGAGUCCCCUGGCCCCGCUCCCCCAUCCCGGUCCUGCCCCCUCCUCCCCGUGCUCCCGCCGUGGAGUUGCAGCUGUGUUCACCAUAACAUUUUUUUGUCCAUAGUGUGUGAUGAUGAAAUUGUUAAUUGUGAAUAGAAUCAGGAUUAUAAACUAAUUUUUAAUAGAAGAAGAGAAAAAAAAAAGUAUAUACUUAAAAAAAAAAUGUAUUUAUGGCUCAGAUGUACUGUAAUUCAGAUUUAUUGUACCGCUUCCUUGAUUUUUAACUAUGCACUGUAAUGAGGCACUUGCCACUGAGCAAAUGGGGGGUCAGAGCAGAGGCACGGAGCACAGGGGCACCCGCCUGCCCUGCUGGCAAACCAGGGUGCUCGGUCGUGGUGUCGGAGUCACCCACUUUGCAGUCGAAGCCAUUAUUCUUUGCUUGCGUGGUCUGAGCCCCAGGUGCUGAGCUUGGUCCUGGUGCAUGCUGGAACAGGCGGGCAGUGGGGCACACCAGCCCCGUGCCAUUUUCGCCGUGGGGCCAGGCAGCUUUGCAGGCGUGAAGGAGAGGGGUGGUAGAAGGAUGCGCUACCUGGGGGGCUGUGGGACCGACGCCUGCCAGCCAGCGCUGCUCCAGCCCCCCGCUGCCUUUGGAGCCAGGAGAGAUGGGCCGGGGGGCUGAGCCGGCCAGGCUUGAUCCAGUGGGUCCUGUGGGCACAGCCUGGGGGACGGGCACCUCCAGGUCCUGCAGGGGAGCUGGCUUCUCUCUGGCUUCUCUUCUUGGGCACUGGGAGAGCGGCCAAGCCGAGCAGCUUGCUCCCCGCUUGCUUCCACCCCUGCAAAGCAAGUGGGGCAAGAAGACCUGUCUGUGAUGGCCCCCAGAUGGCCAGGAUGGUGGCACGGCAGCCACACUGACUGCCUGCCCCACUGCCCUAUCCGUCCUCUGCCUGGUACCUGAUAAGCCAUACACUUCCCUAGCACCCAGCGCCCCAUGGCACGCUUGCCCGCUCUGCCCCUGGCCGGGGGUGCUCGGGGCUGCCCAGCAGCACUGCACUGAAGGCAUGCUGAAGCAGCAGCCCCCCUGAAAUUUGCUUGCAGACUUGCCCUCCAUCUCCAGGUGAGGUGGGAGAUGGAAAGAGCCUGCCUGUGGCUGGAGCAAACCCCACCGCAAGCUGGCCAGAGGCACUUUUCCUGAGGGAGUGGGAACCUGGCUGCUCCUCGAGCCAUCGCCAUCGUCUCCAUUGAUUUUUCAGACCCAGAGACCACUAGGGAUUCAGCCAUCCUAUGUAGAUAGAAUAUUAUAGCCUUAACUCUGCCAAUAGUUAGAUUAGAGUCUCCUGGGGUCUCCCUUCCCCGUGACUUAGGGGUUUUAUUCUUAUUUCCCUGCUGUGGGAACUGUUUCGUCUUGCAGGGAGUACGACCAAAGCCUCUGAAAUUGCACAAGACGUGAUGCCAAGAGCCUGAGCCCUGCUGAGGAGGCCCUGAGCUCUGGGGCCGUGCGUGCAGCUGGUCUCUGGUGGGAGCAGGAGCGCCGGCAGCGCCGAUACCAGCACAGUUACCUGGCUAUUCCUCCCCGCUUUCGGGAAGCCAAGGUUCUGACAACCAGCCCAGCAGUGCAAGGGCCCACGGGCCACUGCAGGGUUUGAACUGCAGGUCCCCAGCCUGCUGCCGGUGACCACCGCUGCCAGGGAACAGCCCUUGUGCCAUUUCAGUCUCAGCAGCAAGGUUUGGUGUCUCUCCUGCCACAAGCUCUCCCCGUUCCUCAUCCCACCUUAGCAAACACGAGAAGCUCUGGCCAAGACUGAGCAUCUGCUAUUGGCAAUUGCCUCAUUGUAGCUUUGCCUUUUUCUGUCCUAGUAUUUCCUCACAAUGAUGAUGUUUACAUGUGAUUGCUAUAGAGCUUAUGUAGAAUGUAUAUAGCGACACAUUUAGGGUGGGUAGUACUGUCCUGUGCUGUGCUGAUGUUUUUCAGAAAACGAUCAAUCCAAAAAAGGAAAAAAAAAAAACAACAAAAAAAGAAGCAAAAUAAGUGGAAUUCUUCCAUCUCCCGCUCAGCCGGGCCCUGCCAGGGAUGCAUCAAGGUGGCGGAGGGGAAGGGUCAGUGCAGCACCUGGGGAAGCCCUCUCCUGGAGGAUCCCUCAGUCGCUUCCCAAGCACUGGUUUUGGGGUACCCAGAUAGGAAAUUCCACAUUGUUUUCCUGUGGCUGGGCACCCCGGGUCAGCCCCCAGCCCCUGCCGUGCCUGGCUUCUGGAUACUGAGGUUGGUGCUUGGGAAUGGGAGGGCUCAUCCUGCACAGAGCUCAUCAGCACUGCACCCAUAGGGUAAGGAGAUGCAAUAAGUGGUCUUUGUGGUGCCUGAAGCCUGUAAGUGGGGUUGGGUUUGGGGGGGUUUUUUGUUUGUUGGGUUUUUUGUUGUUUUCUUUCCCCAUUAAAUUGGGAUGGCUUGUUUUCCCUCCCGCCCAGGAAAUGUCCCCAGGACCCAUGCACCAUGCCUAGAGGUGUGCAAGGUGCAGGGGCACUGUGGCCCAUCGCUGCAGCAAGGGAAAGCAGGGGGCACGUGCUGCCUGCCCCAGGGGCUUCCCCCACAGUUUAGGAGUAGAGGAUGUUCAGCUCAAGACGCACAGGUCUGCUGGGUUUAGCACCCCUCACGCAGGGUUUGUGGUGAAAAAUAAGUUCCCAAUUUGAUUUGAUGUAAGUUUUUUAAUAUAAAGGUGUCUUUAGCUCACAGUGCUCACGUCUGCAGAGGGGCAGGAAGGAGCGCUCAGGCACAAGGUGCAGGUGAGAGCUCACUCCCUCAGCAGCGUUCCGGAUGCUGACAGGGAAGCGGGGCAGGAGCAAAGCAGGGAGAGGCAGCCCGUGCUGCCGGGGAAGCCAGUGGCACCCAGUGCUUUGCAGGAGCUGCUGGGGACAGGGAGUGGGAUCACCUCCCUGAGGACAAGCUUUACAUCCCGCCCAGCCUGUGGCAUCGCAGCGGGUGCAGCUCGGAGCUGGGCACCCCAAAAAGGGAAGCCUGGUACCCCAGCCCCUGCGGGGGCUGCCCCAGCUGCCUGCGAGGGCCGGGGCUGCGGGGCAGGUGGGAGUGCUGCUUCAGAGAGGAACUGGGAGCAAAAGGGUGGAUUACGGUAGGCAAUAAGUAAGGAGGAGAUUUAUUUUUUUAAACAUAUAUGACUAUAGAAUGUCCCCCAGCAGUUUCCUACAGGUGCUGUGGGGAAAUGCUGAAUGUGAAGAGUGUCGUGAUAAAAUGCCCCCUUUGCCUUUUUUGCACAGAUUUCUCCCAGGGAAGCUCGUGGUUCAGGGUGGGAUACCAGGUUCCUGGCUGGAAUCCAGUGGGUCCCUGCGGCUCUGUGGGAAGGAGCAAACAUUUCUGAGUGUCUGGGCUGAAUGCAGAGGACAAUCCUGGGUUUUUGGUUCCAUGCUGCCCCAAAGAAAAGGUUUCUCCCGAUCCCUACUCAGCGCAGCUGGCUGGGCUGCACGUUGUCUUUAAUGAAGUGGCAGCUCAGUCACCACAUUACAGUCUCGAGUGUCUGAUUUCAGCACUGGUCCAUGCAAAGGAGUGUUGCAAUUGCAGACCAGCACUUUUUUUUUCCUUCUUUUUCUUUUCUGUUUUGGGUUGAGUUUGGGUUUUUCUUUCUUUCUUCUUGGAGGUAUGCUGAAUAUUGAGAUACAUCCUUGUACAUCGGCUGAGCCCUGACACCUUUUCCGUUCCAAGCGUCGUAGUCCAUCCCUGACAAUCUCAAGCAAUACAGAGCCAAAUGCAGCCUUUGGGUUUCAUUCCUCUUCCCUCGCCCCCCCUGGGGGCAGGAGGGGAGGCAGCAGCCUGGCCCCAGUGCCCACGGCACCGAGCUGAGAGCCACGCUGCGGUACACGCUGAGCUGGGGAGGGAGCGUGUGUAUGCAUGUGAGAAAGAGAGAGAAAGAUUAAACUGAUGCAUUUCUUGAGAAAGGUGUAAGAAUUUCACCUAAAAAGGGGCACAUCUGCUUUGUUAUUUAUAUAAAAAUGAUAAAUUCUGUCUUUUUCUUCCUUUUUUUUAAGUAAAAGGACACUGCUCAUACUUACCAGGGGCCAAUUCUGCCUCCCUUCCUCAUGCCGAGUGAGUGCUACUUAACUCUGCAGUUUUCUACUUGUAGAGUAAGUAGAAGUAGCAGAAUUGAUCCCUCUGUGAUUAAGAAUCAAGUUUUUAGUCUGGUUUUCUUUUCUUUUUUGUUAACUGGUAGCAUUUUUUUAUAUUUCACUGCAUUUUUUCCCCCGUUCCCUUCUGUUGUGUCCUUAUUUAUGUAAUAUACUUUCACCUUCAGAGACGGCAUGGAUUCUUAUGCCUUUCCUUUAUUAUUAUUGUUAUUAUUAUUUUUAAAAACAGAGAUUUAUUUCUAGUGUGAUUUAACUGUCUACCUUCUAAGACAAGAGAACGUUUUCUUGUAUUUUUACAUUGUCAGAUUCUAUAGUUUCAUAGAUAAUUUAACCAAAUCGCUCAAUGUAUUAUCUAUAUCUAUCCGGUGGGUAUAAAAGUUCUAUUUUAAAUUGUGUAAAUACUUCAGAACUGGCUUCUUUUUCCAGACUCCCCUGCCGUGGAGUUACUUGUUUACAUCAAAAAGACUGUAGAAUCUCUACGCUCAUGUACUGUAAAUAGUGAAGUGAUCUGCCUAUAAAUAAACGAUAACAUAUAUACUAUAAAGUGGAAACAAAACCCAAAA